GGCGACAGAACUAAAAAAACAACUGCGCGUUGACGAACUCACGUGCCUUUUUCUUUUUUCCACUGACGACCUCGUUGUUGCCCACGUCGCCCACGAUGAUGUCCUCCGACGACCAGCCUUCUUCUUCUCCUCUUGCCUCUGCGCAAGCGAUGGUAUCGAAAGCACAACGACAAUAUCAGCAGACGCUUGACAGAUGGACACCACACGUCCUACACCGCUGGCUUGCUACCGCGGGUCUGCUUGGUCUCUUCAUGCUUCGAAUCGUCUUCGCCCAAGGAUGGUACAUUGUAUGCUAUGGCCUGGCAAUUUACCUUCUCAACCUUCUCCUCGCUUUCCUUCAACCGAAAUUCGACCCUUCCCUUCAAGAGGAUCUCAUAGCAGAUGAGAUUGAAGAGGGUGGCCCAGAAGACACUGCGAAUGUACUUCCCCAGCAGCGUGAUGAUGAAUUCAGGCCAUUCGUAAGGCGACUACCUGAAUGGCAGUUCUGGUUGAGCGCUACUCGGGCAACACUCAUUUCGUUGUUAUGCACCUCGUCGGAAGUAUUUGAUGUCCCUGUCUACUGGCCAAUACUUGUAGUAUAUUUCUGCGUUCUCUUUGCUCUGACUAUGCGGAGGCAGAUUCAGCACAUGAUCAAAUACAAGUACAUUCCCUUCGACAUUGGUCGUAAGGCGCGAUAUGGCGGGAACAAGUAGACUUGUACAUGACUUUUCUAUAGAUUAGCAGGAUGCAGAAAGAGGGUGGAUUCUAUCUUCACCAUCUACACUGUAUUCGAGUGGAUGGUGGUACGUUACGGUACAGAUUUAAACUGAAUGAUAAUACCCCGCAGGGUUCUUUGAUACCAAGCUUGACUCACCCCUUUUAUCGCUCAGUUCUUCAGAUGUAAGCACGUAGUUUACCUCGACGGCAUUGCAUGAACAUUGUCAAGCGGCUUGUUUACGCAAAAAUUUCUUGAUGC